AUGCACCCCUUCUCCAUCCUCACCCUAGGCAUCUUCGUAGCUGGCUACAUUACCGCCCGCUGGGACCUUGUUACGCGCCUCUAUGAACUGGCCAUAUUCGCUUGGGAUCACGGCGUCGUCACACGAGCGGCGAAAGGCUUUGCGAUCCUAUCCAUCUUCUUUUUCCUCUUCAUCCUGCCCAUCGAGCGCAUUGCGGCACGGGAGAUCGACUUGCACCCACGUACCGGAGGAGGUGGCAUAUCGGCACGAGAGCAGCUCAAGCGUCGAGGAUCCUUCUAG